AUGGUGGGGCAUGGUGGGAGGGUCGUGGUGGGGUGUGGUGAGACGGUGAGUGAUUGGGGUGUGUGGGGCGUGGGGGGAAGGGGGUUUGGAACAUAUGGCGGGUUCUCGUUGCAGCCCCCUUCCUCCACCGCCUCUCCGUCUGCUUUUGCGGCAUCGGAAGCGGCAGAAGCGGUGGAGCAAGGUGUGCAGGGAACCCCACUUGUGCGGCCGCGUGUGUGUCUGCACCUGGGCCUCACGGAUUACAAGAGUCUCAUCACAACCAACCUCUGCUCCGACUGGCAAAGCUUCCUUGCACCUCCCCUCUCAGGCAGCGCUCCUGCCAAGCGCCUCAGAACAUGCGAGGGGUCGGGAAUGGGAACAGGAGCAGACGCAGCAACUGGUGAAGGGGAGAGUGGUGAUGGAGCAUGCAAGGGGCCCGGAAUGGAAGAGGGUUCCAGGCAGUGUGGGGCUGGCAGGGAAGCUUGGUUCUCUGAGAUGGCACAGGAUGGAGAUGGCGAUACUGCUGCUGCUGCUGCCACUGCUUCCGCUGCUGCUACUGCUACCACUGUCACUGUUCCCAGUGCUGCUACUGAUUCCCAAGAGUGUCCCCAUCUCAAAGAAACUGGUGACCGCAUGGCUGCCUGUGCCACGUGUCAGCAGGCCAUAGGCCAGCGAGACGCGCAAGCAUGCCAGCACAUGGGGGACGCGCUGGGGAAUGCGGCGCUAGUGGUGACGGCUGAUGGAUGCUUCCUGCUGCUGCAGCGCGGCACGGCUGUGGGCGAAUUCCCAAACUGCCCAGUUUUCCCUGGAGGACACCCGGAGAUGUUUGAAGGCAUGAAGCGAGAGGUAGAAGAGGAGAACAGCGCCCCUGCCGACUCCCUUGUAAGCUCUCCUCCUCACACUCCUCACCCUCUUCUCACACUCUCUCUUUCACUUUCUCAAUCGCUCGCUCCUUCCCCUCUUGCGCCUGCCUCCCCCUCCUCAUCGCCCUCACUUCUCAACGCCACCAUCGCGCAUGAGAUGUUUGAAGGCAUGAAGGGAGAGGUGGAGGAGGAGACAGGCGCCCCUGCUAACUCCCUGGUGAGCUUUCCUCCUCACACUCGCUCUCACCUUCUCUCGUCUGCCACUUGUCUUUUCUUCUUAACACAUGCUCCUCACCUACUGCGUAUUCCCAUACACUUGGCUCUUCAUGUCCCACACCUUGUCUUCCCCCUCCUCUCCGCCCCAGCACGGCAUGCUCUUUCUUGGUCUGUGCAGGCGCAAGGAGAACAUGCGAUCGCUCGCCAUGUUCCUCUGCCACACUGCACCACCCAUACAAAUGGCUGUUCAUGUUCCCCACCUUGUCUCCCCCCUCCCUUCUCCUUCUCUCCCCAGCACGGCAUGCUAUUCCUGGGCUUGUGCAGGCGAAGGGAGAACGUGCGAUCCCUCGCCAUGUUCCUCUGCCACACCUCCCUUACAGCACCAGAGGUGCUCUCUUGCUACGCCUCUGCACAGCGCAAGUUCGAAUCCACCAGCCUCAGAGCCAUGCCACUGGUACGUGGCGGGAUGUGCUGGUAUGUAUGUGCCAUGCCGCCCUUUCUUUGCUUACACCUCUGCGCAGCACAAAUUUGA